GCUGCUGAUUUUCUCUGUUAAUUCUUAAAAGUUAAUCCUGAGAGACAAGAAAUUAAUUUUUCUCCACAAUCACUAAAGAAGCUGAUGAGAAGUUGUAGAGAAGAGAGAGAGGAAAAUGAAGAUCUCUCUGACAGUCCUCUUAAUAUCUACACUCGUUAUAUUCAUAACUGCAGGCAACGUGAGGUUGGUUGGUGAUUACAAUCCUUGUGCUGGUAGAGUAGAGGUUUUUCACAAUGGACAGUGGGGGACAGUGUGUGAUGAUGGCUGGGAUAGUAAAGCUGCUGGAGUGGUAUGUAAUGAGCUGAAAUGUGGUAAAGCAUUACGUGCAGUUGGUCUUGCUUAUUUUGGAAAAGGAUCAGGAAAAAUCUGGAUGGACGAAGUGAAGUGUACUGGAUUAGAGUCAACACUGAAGAAAUGUAAAUCAAAAGCAUGGGGUAGUAGUAACUGUGAACAUAAUGAAGAUGCUGGAGUCAUCUGCUUAGGUCGUCUUCCCAGACUCGUUAAUGGAUCUCAUAUUUGCGCUGGAAGAUUAGAGAUACUUAACAUAAAGAAGUGGAUGUCAGUGUGUGAGUCUGUCUUUGACCAGCAGGAUGCAGAGGUUGUGUGUAGAGAGCUGGACUGUGGGGCUCCUGUACAGGUGCUGAGAGAAGCUGCUUUUGGAAAAGGAGACACUGAGAUGUUUACAGAAGAGAUUCAGUGCAGAGGAAAUGAAUCACACUUUGCGUUCUGUUCUACAUCCAAGUCUUCACCUAAACAAUGUUCCCCUGACAAUGCUGUAGGAGUAAUUUGCUCUGGUUACACAGAUUUCAGGCUGGUAAAUGGACCAGACACUUGUUCAGGAAGAGUGGAGCUUCAGUUCCUCAAUGAAUGGGGCACAGUGUGUGAUGCAUGCUGGGAUAUGAGAGCGGCCAGUGUCCUCUGUAGACAGCUGAAUUGUGGGAUUGCUGUGUCUGUUGUGGGAUCAGACUGGUUUGGAGAGGGAAGUGGUGAAAUCUUGGCUGAUGUGUUUGAUUGUGACGGGAAUGAAACAAAACUCUCAGAAUGUUUCAUCUCUUCAUGGAGUCGAGCUGAACGUUCUCAUAGAAGAGAUGUUGGAGUCAUCUGCUUUAGUGAGAGCAUUUUAUUUUUAAAAAAUUCUGAUACGGUUCCUUAUACUAUCUUAAUACAAUGCCACACAUUUCACUCAGAGUCCUCUCUGGCUCUUCAUGACGGUCUGGUGUGGUUGUCUGGAGAGAGACAGUGUGAGGGGGAGCUGGAGGUUUUCAUCCAUCAGGUCUGGAGGAGAGUUCUGCUGGACUCCUGGAGUCUCACUGAAUCCUCUGUGGUCUGCAGACAGCUGGGCUGUGGCUCUGCGCUCAACUUCUCCGGCUCCUCUUCAUCCAGUCCUGAACACAGUCAUGAGUGUGUGACGGGCUUCCAGUGCUCUGGGAGUGAAGCUCAUCUGGGGAACUGCAGCUCUCCACAAACUCUCAACUGCAGCUCCACACAACAGCUGUCCAUCACCUGCCUUGGUCGCGGGUCCAUCAGGCUGGUGGGUUCUGGGGGAGACUGUGCAGGGAGGCUGGAGGUUUUUCACGGCGGCUCAUGGGGGACAGUGUGUGAUGACUCCUGGGAUAUUAAAGAUGCCCAUGUGGUGUGCAGACAGCUGCAGUGUGGAGUGGCCCUCAGUAACCAGCAGGUACCAGCCUGGUUUGGUCCUGGUUCUGGACACAUAUGGCUGGAUGAGGUGGAGUGUGAGGGGAAUGAGACGUCCUUGUGGAGCUGCUCUUCUCCAGGCUGGGGACAACAUGACUGUAAUCACAAGGAGGAUGUAGGAGUCGUGUGCUCAGAGUUUAAAGAGAUCAGGUUAACUGAAGGCUGUGAAGGGAAUGUGGAGGUUUUCUACAAUGGAUCCUGGGGUAAUGUGUGCUGGAACCUGAUGGACAGAGACACAGCGAGUCUGAUCUGUCAAGAACUGAACUGUGGAGGAUCUGGCAGUGAACCCAGACAUUCAGAAGGACUGAGAUCUGCUCCUAAUUGGUUAGAUCAUCUUAAAUGUCGAAAACAUGACAAAACAUUGUGGCAGUGUCCAUCUUUACCCUGGGGCCAGAACAACUGUUAUGAUAAUGAGGUGGCUAAUAUCGAUUGCUUUGCGAAAGAUAGUUUUGAGUCUCCACAGAGUCGUCUGACAUGUUCAGCAUCUCCUCACCAGAGACAGUGCACAAGUCAUGUUCCUCUCAGACUGAGUGGAGGUAAGGGCCGGUGCUCUGGGAGGCUGGAGGUGUAUCAUAACGCUGUGUGGGGCUCAGUCUGUGAUGAUCAGUGGGACAUCAGAGAUGCUCAGGUGGUCUGCAGACAGCUGGGUUGUGGAGCAGCACUGAGGGCUGAUGGGAAUUCAGUCUUUGGUGCUGGUGAAGGUGUUGUGUGGAUGAACAGAGUCGAGUGCAGAGGGAAUGAGAUUCACCUGUGGGACUGUCCUCUCUCCCUGAAAAACCACACUGACUGCUCCCACAAAGAGCACGCUGGACUCACCUGUGCAGAUGUUUCAGAUGUGUCAGUGUCCUCUACUCCUGACACAACAACAUCAGUUUCUCCUCCAGUGCGCUCAACAUCAGUCUCUCUUUCACAAACUCCUCCAGCAGAGUCUCUCUCCGUCUCCCCAGAGCUUGUGAUUGUUCUGGGAGUUGUGCUCUUACUGCUCUUAGUGCCACUGCUUAUACUGAUUCAGCAGAACAGAGUGAUGAGGAGAGCUCUCUCUAAGAGGAGACACAGGACGACGACUGAGGCCAUUUAUGAGGAGAUUCAGCACAAACCCAUUAACAAACACCUCACUCAGAGGGACAAAAUGGACCAGCAGUCUCCAGAAGAAUAUGCCAACAAAGAUAGCCUGAAUUGUAAGAAUUUUCCAUACUUAAAUGAUAAUUUAAAAAAUAAUUAUAAAGCAGGACAAAGUUUAGAGAGAGUGAUGCUAUCUCUGUUUUCUUCCACAGAUUGCAUGAAUGAGACCUACGAUGAUGCCACAACCAUGAGAGAAGAGUAUGGAGAAGAGGAGCUAGCUGAAGAUGAAGGGAGUGUGUGAACUGUUUACAAUUACUGAUUCUGUUGUAUUUUCUUGUAUUCUU